AUGGAGCAGACCGAAGCCUCGCCGCGGCCCAGUUCGGACACGGUCGUCCGUACUCCUAGCCACACCGACUCCAUGGUGACAGUGCCUCUCUCAUCCAAUUCAGAGGACACCCAACCGGACUGGCGUACUCUUGAUAUCCCCCAGACUCCUGUCGAAAGCACGCCGCAUUCCGAUGACGAGAUCGAUCGCAAGACCACACCCACGCCCACCUCCGUGAGGCCAGAUCUGGAAACUGAGCUCUCUCGAACACGGAUUAGCGAAGAAAAUGACCGAACAGACACACUCGAAAGUGAUGCAGUGGAUUGGGAAGAGCUGGAAAAAACAGAGUCACAAGAGCCUCGCACGGAAGGGUCCGAUGAGACAACCGCUUUGCUGCUGGCUCGGCUGGAACAAGAGAACAACGCUUUAGCUACUAAUCCAAAAUCUGGCUUAGCAAAGGCUGCUUCGCAGCAUAAACAACAGCGUCCGUCUCGAUCACAGUCCCUGCAUCAGAUCAAGCGCUUGAUCGAUGAAGACCCUCGAUCCUCUCUCCGAUACUCAGAACUUCCACUGCCUCCGCCCAUGACUGAGCUGGAAUUUUGGGCUGCCCUCGUUGCAGACUACCCACAAACAGUGCAACGACUGCCGACUUUGACCUCAAAUAAAAUCAGAGGCGGGGUCCCGCCUCCCUUGCGUGGUGUGGUCUGGCCAAGUUUGUCAGGCGCAAGGGACCCGUCACUAUUGACUGAAUAUCAGAAACUUUGUGGUGAGACCAGCCCAUACGAGGGAUUGAUCGGAAAGGACAUUGGCCGCAGUUUUCCCAAUGUUGAGAUGUUCCGUGACCCAAAUAGCGAGGGCCAGCAGAUGCUUGCUCGCGUGCUCAAGUGCUUUAGCCUCUACGAUACAAAGAUAGGCUACUGCCAAGGACUGGGGUUUGUGGUUGGUCCUUUGUUGAUGCACAUGUCGGAUGCAGAAGCAUUCUGCGUGCUCGUGCGACUUAUGGACCAUUAUGAUCUUCGAACCUGUUACCUGCCCGACCUAUCAGGCCUGCACCUCCGCGUCUAUCAGUUUCAAAAUCUGCUUGCCCGUCUGCGACCUGAACUAUUCGAGCACUUGGAAGCGCUGAACGUAGAGCCUGUAUAUGUUUCACAAUGGUUCCUAUCGUUCUUUGCUGUUUCGUGCCCUCUCCCAAUGCUUCUUCGCAUUUACGAUGUCAUUUUCCUGGAAGGAGCUUGCGAGACAUUGAUGCGCGUUGCCCUUUCGCUAAUGCAGCGGAAUGAAAAGAAGAUCUUGGCCUGUUCAGAAUUUGAAGACGUCAUGCAGUUGUUGCUUUCUAGGAGUCUCUGGGAUACCUACGCGUUUGACGCCGAUGAUUUCGUCAACGACUUUGUUUCGUUGACUAACCUCGUCACAAAGGAAAGCCUGCAGGCGCUGGAGGCUAGUUACAACCAAUCCCAGGGAGUUCCGACAGGAAUCUCCUUCCCUCAGAUGCAAGCUGCGGCUUCGCGAUUCCUUGGUAGAUUCUGGGCUGGAUCGGGCCCGCACACCUCGGUCAAAUCAAUCAAUCUAAAUCCCAAAGACGCCAACACACCGAACAACCUCCGUCGGUCAACCUCCAAACAGAGCAUGGCGUCGACACUCAACUCAGUAGAGUCCACGUCCGACGCCAGCACGGCGCCCACGGAGGUCUCCGUCGACGCACAGAAGUCCCGCACGAAAUCCGCCACAUCCCAAAACAAGGAUCGCGACCUUCAUACCCAAAUCGAAGACCUCUUAAUGGCCCUCAGCGACCUCCAACGCCAACAGGCCGACCUCUCCCGCGAACUUCAACAGGAGCGAGAAGACCGCGAAGAAGACCAAGCUCUGUCCAGAUCCAUGCUCGAAUUCAUCAAAGAAUCCCCUGCUGCGGAUUCUGCCCCUGCCGAACUCCUCAGCAAAGCCGAGGAGCGCUUCGCAGCCGAAGACUCCAACAAGCACACGUCAAUCGACCAAACAAAGCACCAGCUCCGCGACGACCUCGACCGGUGGAAGAACAUGUACUCCGUAGAAACCGGGCGAUGCCUGGACCUGUCGCGUCGAAUGGACGACCACGAAAAGGAGAACGCCUCGCUCCGGGAGCAGCUCCGCGAGGCCCGAGGCCGCAUCCAAGACGGAUACCGCGAUCGACAGCGCCUCGAAAGAACCGUCCGUGACCUCCGCAAUAUCAAGACACCCGACACACCACCCGAAUCCUACGGCUCACCGACAAGUGAAAAGGGCGAAAACACCGGAGGUCUCCGCGAGCUUAAACUCGCGCGCUCCGCGUCAACAAAGAGUUCAAGAAAGAGCACAGCAUUCAACAAGCGAUCCAGCAGCCUGGGCUUACAAAACGUGCUAGCCACGGAUAACAACCGACCACCGGGCGACGAAUCACUGCUCCUCGAACUCGUAAAUGCAAAAACAGCCGAGGCGGUAGCCAAACAGGAACUGGAAGAAGUGAAAGGGAAGCUGGACUCGCUGCGGAAAAUGGUUGGCGGGUCCUCGCGUGGAUUGGGCCGGCCUUCAACGGAGAAUCGCAACUCGUUACUGGGGCUGCCGCCGAUUUCGAAGGCGCCGACUGAACCUCCUGCUUCAUCAGGUGGGUUCUUCAGCGGAUGGGGGAGGUAG